AUGUACUGCAGUAGCUUCACAUCGCGCUCAGCAUUGACAGGACACAGCACCUGUGAGGCAUACUGCACAGAGAGAGAUAGCCAGAGCCAGUUUUCGAGCCUGUUGACUCCUGCAAGGCAGCAGCAUUCGAGGCUCGAGCUUUGUUGGGACGCAACCGGUACUAUCGCCAUGGCAAAGCCAGUUGUGUUUUUCGAUAUGUCCAUUGGUGGAACGCCUGCUGGCCGAAUCACCAUGGAGCUGCGUGCAGACGUUGCCCCCAAAACUGCGGAGAAUUUCCGCGCACUGUGCACUGGUGAGAAGGGCACGGGAAAGUCUGGAAAGCCGCUUCAUUUCAAGGGCAGCGCCUUCCACCGUGUGAUCCCGGACUUCAUGUGCCAGGGUGGUGACUUCACGGCUGGGAACGGAACCGGCGGCGAGUCCAUCUAUGGCAGCAAGUUUGCGGAUGAGAACUUUACCCUAAAGCACACCGGCCCUGGUAUCCUGUCCAUGGCCAACGCCGGUCCCAACACCAACGGCUCGCAGUUCUUCUUGUGCACAGUGAAGACGCAGUGGCUGGACGGCAAGCAUGUGGUCUUUGGCUCUGUGACUGACGGCAUGGAUGUCGUGAAGAAGAUCGAGGCAGUGGGAUCCCAGUCCGGAAAGACCUCCAAGCCCGUCGUCAUCGCCGACUGCGGACAGUUGGCAUAG